AUGGCGUUCAGUUUCGGAGUGCCCUUUACUCUCAACGCUCCACUUACUUUAUCAGAAGAGCAAAGAAAGCAGCUCUGUGGUUUGCUGGGGAAUGUUGAACUGACUCUUCUCUACAAAGCUUCUGUUCAUGGAUAUAAUGCUUCUGCCUUCCAUCAGCGAUGUGACCAUCAGGGUCCCACUUUACUUGUAGCCUAUAACAGAUCAGGCUACAUCUUUGGUGGAUACACUAGUGUAGAUUAUACUCAAAGUGGACGGCAAAUUACAGAUGAGGAAGCUUUCCUGUUCAGCAUUCGAGGCGAGAUCCCUGUGUGCAUCAAAGUUAAUAGUGGACAUUAUGCACGUCUUGAUGACGCUGGAGGACCCAACUUUGGUGAUCAGUUGUACUUUUGCUACAACAACCAACCAGCUUUGUAUCAUCAAGUACAGCAUUUAUUUGGAAGUGUGAGGGUUAAUCCAUUCAAUUUUAAUCCUGCCACACUGUAUGGGAAUGACACUCAGUUGAAUGAAUGUGAGGUGUACAAAGUGGAACGGAAUCCUCAGAUCAGUGUCAAGAUGAAGCCAUGGAGGAAUGUUCAGUGGACAGAAAAACGAAGAGACGAGCUCAUGAAAAUGAUCAGGAAUUAUAAACCCAUGAUGACGUCUGUGAGUCGGGUCAGAAUUCUAAUGAUCGGUCCUGUAGGUGCUGGAAAAUCCAGUUUCUUCAACUCCAUCAACUCCGUCUUCAUGGGCCGCAUGACCAGCAAAGCCAUGUCAGGAUCUGCAGGCACUAGUCUGACCACACAGUUUCGCACAUACACAGUGAAAGACGGCCGUGAAGGAAAGCCGUUGCCAUUUGUGUUGUGUGACACCAUGGGACUCGAGGAGCAAUCGGGUGCAGGACUGGAUAUUGAUGACAUCAGCAGCAUUCUUCAAGGUCACGUACCAGACCGCUAUAAAUUCAACCCCACAACACCGUUUCAACCGGAUGAGCAAAAGGCCUCCAGACCUGCAUCUCUACAGGAGAAGAUCCACUGUGUGGUGUAUGUGAUCGACGCCACCAAAAUCUCCCUCAUGUCAAGCAAACUAGAGGAAAAACUUGCAGCCAUACGCAGAAAAGUGAACACACUGGGCAUUCCCCAGAUGGUUUUGAUGACAAAAGUAGAUGAAGCAUGUCCUGAUGUGAUGGAAGAUCUUCAAAAUAUUUAUAUGACUUCUUACAUCAAGACGAAGGUGCAGGAGGUGAGCUCUCGGUUGGGUGUGCCGGUGUCUUGUGUGUUACCGGUGAAGAACUACAGUCAGGAGCUGGAGCUGGAGCUCAACUGUGACGUCCUGCUUCUCACCGCUAUACAGCAGAUGCUCAACUUUGCAGACGACUAUCUGGAUGAUGUUGGUCCUAUUUAGGACAAUCUUAUAAAGUGCUACUAGUGGAGUUUUAUCUCCCUUUGUAGCUGAUUUAAUAUUAUAUUUGUGUGUAAGCUUGUACUCAUUAUUAUCGAUGUACA